UCCUUAAGAAUGAAAUCACACGGUGCGGAAAACGACUGCGGAAUAGAGAAUGCGUCAUAGAAGCAACCAAUCAGCGUUCUUCUGCGUUAUUCCUAACAACGCUAAUUAGUUGUUUCAAUGCAUUCUCUAUUCCGCAACCCUUUUCCGUACCUUUUCCGUGUGAUUUCACCCUAAGUGCAUUUUGAAAAUUCUGAAAACGAACACAACGCCCAUAAUUUUUGUAUCAUGGGAUCGUCUAGCGCAGGUGUUUUCAUUCGCUAUUAGCUACUGACCUCUCGUUUCUCGUCGUGUUUCGUGCAUUUGCUAAUCAGUGUAUUGACUCACGAACUCAUGUUCCUGAUUCUGAAUCCUGCAUUUCGUGGGUAGGGCGACUAUUCAGGUUUCCUAAUCUGAAUAGUCGUCAAUUUAACGAUUAAUAUCUCAGUUCGCUGAACAGUGCGAAACUUUUAUCUAUCAGAUUCAUUUCGUGCAAAAACAUCAAAUAAGUCUAAUUUUAUCAAUAUCAGAGAUUAUGGAAACUCAGGCCAAUUCAGUAGAACCUCCUAAGGUCGCCGAGGAAAGCGAAAACUGUGAGGAGAAUAUCAAAGGCUAUGUAGAACCUAGAUUUGAAUGUCCCAUAUGUCUAACAUGGCUACGCGAUCCAGUUUUAACAUCUUGUGGCCAUAAAUUUUGUUCUCAUUGUAUUUAUACUUGGCUUAAGAAAGAAGGUGCUUGCUGUCCAGUUGAUAGUCGACCUUUGAAAUCUGAAAAUCUUUUCCCAGAUCUUUAUACUACUAGAGAGAUAUCUCAGAAACGUACAAGUUGUAUUUAUCAGCAAUUUGGUUGUCAAGUAAAAUUGUCUCCUGUGGAUAUGGAAACACAUAUCAUUCAAUGCACAUAUAAACAAGAUAUUUCAGAGCCUCGAGUACAAAAUGGCACUAAUGCAAUGUCUGUGGAAUCAAAAUUAUGGGAUCCACCUCUAAAAAAUAGGAUACAAGUUGCAGACAAGGAAGAGCCUUCUCCUGAUUGGCAACAAUUGCUCAAAAAUCUAUAUGAAAGAAUAGUAGUUUUGGAACAGGAAAACCGGGAGCUCUCUAUAACAGUAUCUAAUCAGAAAAAUCAGCUCGCGGCUAUGUGUCUACAAAAUUGUAAUGGAGUUUAUAUAUGGAGACUGAAAUCUUUCCAAGAAAAACUCAAUGCUAUGACAAACGAUCCUCAAAAAAUGUUCUAUAGUCCAGGUUUUUAUACAAGUCCAAACGGAUAUAAGAUCUGUGCAAGGAUUAAUAUAUCAUCAAAGAAUCCCGAUUAUCUAUCUUUUCUUUUACAUAUUAUGAAAUCAGAAAAUGACGACGCUUUGGACUGGCCAUUUAAUGGUACAAUGUUUUUUGCGUUGGUACAUCCACAAAAUUCGGAAAAAAAUAUAUAUGAAAAGACAUCGUCAAUACCAGAUCUUGAGGCAUUCCAAAAACCCACGUGUGAAUUGAAUAAACGUAGUUUUGGUUAUACGGAAUUUAUAUGUGUGCGCGACAUAACUGAUUUUCUGCAGCACGAUACUUUAAUUUUUAAAAUUGAAGUUUACCCUAUAUCUUAUAGAGAUAACACCAAAUAGUUAUGAAUUGAAAUAUGAGUAAACUUUAUAA